CGUCUGAGGCCUUGUAUGUGUUCCUUUCUUUGUCCGAUGUUUCUUUUCUUUUGAGGUUUCUGUGUAGGUGGCGGGAGUGGAAUGGCUGUCUGUUAUUGUUGUCUUAGUGGCUUGUAUUCCUAUUGAAAGGGUUUUAGGGUGAAGUUAAUAAGCUACAGUUUUGAUAGAAAUUAAGUUGUUUGUAAUGUAGCUAGUGUAGCUGCACAAAAGUUACAUUGAUCAUCAGUUGUCUUUGUUCUAUUUGAGACUGCUUCAUGACAUUUUCGAUUCUUUCUUCAUAAAUUUAUUUAAUGAGCUCUGUAUGACCAAAAAUGUUUGCAUCUAGGUGUGGUUGGUAGAUCAUGGAAAACGGCUCACAUAUAGGUUCAGCAGAGCAGGAUUCGGCUGAAGAACUUCCAUCUCUUUUCAAAUACUUAGCAUCCAAAACAGUGGCUGGAUUUGAUAACAUUGAAGAGAGUGGUAGCCCAAAUCCUCAGUUUCAACGAACUGGGAUCCCAACUUCCAGUCCUCCACCUGAUUGUGCAUUAACUAAAGGAAUAAAAAUGACUGAUUGCCAGAGCCCGUUUUAUGCAUCUCCAGCUUUUGACUCAAAACAGAUACAUCCUAUCUCUACCAGCAUGCCGCCUUCUCCUUAUGGGCAUCAUGUAGGAAGCACAAAAAGAGUUCUCUUCAGGGAUAGAGAAGGAGCAAGUGUCAACAAUGGGAUUGUAGAACCUCCUGCUAUAGCUGUUGGCACUGAACAACUUAAACAGGAAAAGUGUCGUUCUCAGCCCAUGCAAUCAAGUACUCCAUAUGCUGAGGCAGUUUCGAAUGGAAAAUUCUCCAAUUUCUCUGGCCAGCAAAGAAGGAACCCAAGGAUUGAUAGGCUUAAUGGCAGACAUUAUGAUUCUUUUAAAACUUGGUCUGGGAAACUUGAGAGGCAGAUAACACAUUUACGGGGAAAGCCGUGUGAACCUAAACCAGAUGACAGUGCUCAGAAUCCUGAGAUUGAGGCUUUACCUGUGUAUCGGUACUUCGAUGCCUUAGAAGGGCCUGAAUUGGAUACGCUUAGGGAUUCAGAGGAGUUGGUCCUUCCAGAAGACAAGAAGUGGCCAUUCCUUCUCCGUUACCCAAUCAACUCAUUUGGUAUCUGCCUUGGAGUUAGUAGCCAAGCCAUCCUGUGGAAAACCCUGGCUACCUCUGCAUCCACUAAAUUCCUCCACAUAAGCCUGACUGUCAACCUUGUCCUUUGGUGUAUCUCUGUUGCUCUUAUAAGUGUUGUUUUCUCCAUCUAUCUUCUGAAAGUGAUACUUUACUUUGAAGCAGUCCACCGUGAGUACUACCACCCUGUCCGUGUCAACUUCUUCUUUGCACCAUGGAUAGCCUUACAGUUCUUAGCUAUUGGAGUCCCACCCGCACUUGUCAAAGACCUGCACGCUUCUCUCUGGUACAUUCUCAUGAUCCCAAUCUUCUGCCUUGAGCUUAAAAUCUAUGGACAGUGGAUGUCAGGGGGUCGGCGAAGGCUCUCAAAGGUGGCCAAUCCUUCAAAUCAUCUCUCCGUUGUUGGAAACUUUGUGGGAGCAUUGCUGGGUGCAUCUAUGGGGCUGAAGGAAGGGCCUAUCUUCUUUUUUGCCAUUGGAUUGGCUCAUUAUGUGGUCCUAUUUGUAACUCUCUACCAAAGGCUUCCAACAAAUGAGACACUGCCAAAGGAGCUACAUCCGGUGUUUUUUCUCUUUGUUGCUGCACCCAGUGUUGCUUCUAUGGCAUGGGCAAGGAUUCAGGGGGCAUUUGAUUAUGGGUCAAGGCUUGCAUACUUCAUUGCUCUGUUCCUUUAUUUCUCUCUGGCUGUUCGGAUUAAUUUCUUCCGAGGUUUCAAGUUCUCACUUGCAUGGUGGGCCUACACUUUCCCAAUGACCGGGGCUUCAAUUGCCACCAUUAGGUACUCAAAUGAAGUCACUAAUCUAGUGACGCAGUCUCUCUCAGUCAUUCUCUCAGGUAUUUCGACCCUCACAGUUACAGCUCUGCUCAUCUCCACUGUCAUCCAUGCAUUUGUGCUGCGAGACCUCUUCCCGAACGAUAUUGCCAUUGCCAUUACGGACAGAAGGCCUAAAACAGGCAAGAAACGGGGCCAUAAGAGAUCUGAAAGUCAAGACACUAAAGACAUUGAAGCUGAUUUCAAAUCAAGGAAAGAUUGCAAAGACAUUGAAGCCUCUCUGAAUCCACUAGUUAGUACAGGCAUUGCUGUUUUUUGUCAGGCUACCAUCCAAAAAGUAUGAUCUGGGUCAUGGUGGUUAGUAUCGUAUGAGGUCCAAUUACUUUUCUCUACUGCGUGUCCUGAUACCAGCUUGGUUCAAUCUUCUUCACUCUGACUAACUAGCGGGAUGGUCAGCGAGUUUUGGAAAUUGAGGGUAUGUCGAAGAAGACAGUGUUGUGUUCUCCUCUGCCAAUGUAUUUUAUUGAAAUACUCUGUAGAUUAUUUUUUCUACUCCAUUUAAGAGGCCAAUACGAAAGGUAAACAGAAGACGGAAUAGAGGAUCCGGAUUGAGUUCUAAGCAUCGUUGUCAAGGUGUGCCUUGUUGGUGUUGCCUUGCAUCCAAGUGCCCUCCAAUGCCUUGGGUCUCCUACAUGCCGUGACAGCUACAGUUCUAAGGUCCAUAACACAGCUCAGCUUCAUGGAUUGCUGCUGCCAGGGUUCCAGCUUUCACUUACAGCAUAUCCUACUCCAGAGUUUGAAGAUGAUUUACAUGGUUCAGGUUGCAAACUGUUGUGAGUGGUUUAGACUGGUGCCAUUACUAGAUUGUUCAACUGACACUGGGCAAGGAAAUCCAGAGAACCUUGCAGCCAGAGGUUGAAGAUGAUCGAGAUUUUUUUCAGGUUGUGAACAGUCACAAAUAGUCAUCCAGAAUUGUCACCGGUAGAUUGUCGAUGGAAAUCAGGUGCAUUCAAUCCAUAGGUUGACAAUGAUGCACAUGUUCAUCUUGCAAACUGUCAUGAGUGUGGAGUCAUCCAGAAUGGUGUCAUCCCUAGAUUGUUAACUCAAAUCGAGUUGGAAAUGAGUUAAUGUCUUGAAACCAAAAUAUUACCUGCAUCU